AUGAGUGGAAGGCCCAGGACCACUUCCUUUGCCGAAGGAAACAAAACUUCCCCGAAUCCACCUAUUGGCGGAAUUAAAGUCAUAAGUACGUACAUUUAUAUACACACAUAUACACACACACACAUACACACACACAUACACACACACAUACACACACAUACACUAACACAUUUCUCGUACUCAACAAAGUCGCGUAAAUAGCACAUCAUGAUGUUAUUUUUUACUUUAUACCGUUUUGUCGAACGAACAUUAUCUCUUGUAUAAUUUGUUUAUAAAAUUUAAAACCUCACCCUGCAGGUGUGAAGUAUAAUUCCUUAAUUGAUUUAUUCGUACCUAGGGUCAUCAAUAUGAAUAUUUUAACAUUAUCGGAAAUAUUAUUGGUUUGAUAUAUUAUCAACGUAACAAAAGGAAUAAUUUUCAGACCUAAUAGCUACCUAUAAUAAUAUGUCAAUUAAUUUCGGAUUAUAAAUUAAAAUAAUAAAAUUGUCUAAUAUUUUCCCAACGCGAUAUUCAUUUCAUAUUUAAUAAGCCGCAUUGUGAUUAAUUUUUAUUUUUUGUGAAUAAAACCAAACGUAUUUGUAUCUACAUAAAACAAAUCAAAAUUAAAAUUCAAUAUUGAACGAAUGCAGUUUAGCUCCCAAGCCAUUUUUUUUGAUUUUUUUUUUACAAAAUGUGUAUUUUUACAUGCAUUUGAUGGUACUUUCAAAAAAGGCUGCUCAAACUUCAUUUGAAAGUUAUGGUCAAAAUACUCAAUUUUUUCUAAAAAUCAUGUUUUUGAGUGUAAAAUACCAAAAAUUUAUAUUUUUGGAAUUUUUUUUAGAAAAUUGAUAGACAUUUUUAUGUUCAACAUUUAUGUGAAAUCAGAUUUCACCUAUUGUACUUAAUUUUUAUGCUAUUGUUAAUAAACCACAUAAAACCUAAUUAUAAUGUGUUUUUAAUCAUUUGCCUAUUACAGUGAAUAAAAAUUUAUUUUUCGAAUUUUUUUUUAUUCAGUGUGUUAUAAAAAUAAAGUUAUUGGUGAAAUCUGAACUAAUAUUUUUUGGUUUGGAAGAAAUAGUGGAAAAAUAUAUUUUUUCUUAUAGAUAUAUAAACAUCACAUUUUACCUUAGGAAAAAAAAAAUACUUUAUAUUUAAUACUAUUUUAUAUUUUUACUUACUCAAAAUAGUUAAGAAAAUAAAAACCUCAAUAGGAAGAAAACUGAAAGGCAUGGUGAAAUUUAUACAACAAUUUUUGUGUCAAAUUAUUGUUAUACAUUUUAUAUACAUUUUUUUUUCUAUGUAAAUUAUCGGAAUAAAUCUCUACAUCUCCAUACAUAUCUGUCUAUGCAGUUAACUUUAAACAUAACAUGAAACUUUGAGAGGAUGUCCAUGAAUGUAUUUUAGUAUGUUAUGGUAAUUAGUAUCCAAGACUGCAAUUUUUCAAUUACUGCAUUACAGAAUAUUAUAUACAAUACAAUAUUACAGAAAUAGACCUUUGGCGUUUUCGUUCAAGUAGCUUAUAAAUAUCAAAAAAAUAUUAAUUAGUUCUAAUUUUACCAAAAACUUUGUUAUUACUCACCAAAUGAAAAAAAAAGUGCAAAAAUCAAUUUUGAUUUACCUUAAUAUAAAACAUAAUUGAAAUAACAUUAAAAUUAUGUUUUAUGUGGUUUAUUAACAAUAACAUGAAAAGUAAGUAUGUUAGGAGAAUUUGAAUUUCAUCAAAAUGUUAAGCAUAUAAUUACUACAACUUUAAAAAAAAUAAAUUCCAAAAAUGUGAAUUUUUGGUAUUUUAAACUCAAAAACACGAUUUUUAAGAAAAAUUGUAUUAAGUUCUUUGACCAUAACUUUCAAAUGAAAUUUGAAUCACUUUUUAAAAGUGCCAUAAAAUUAAGCAUGCAAAAACACAUUUUGUAAAAAAAAAUUCUAAAAAUCUUAGAGAGUUAUUAAAGAGCUUUAAACUCUAUUUAUGCCUCAAUAUCCUUGCUAAGGAACCAGCAUUAUUUUUAUUUAUUUAGUCACAUUUAAGAACCAAUUGUUUAUAAGAUUUGUCAUUAAACAAUGUAGGUAUAUAUACAAAUUGAUAAUUAUUUACUUUUCAAACAAACAAAUUUGUUGCAUUACUCGGUUAGAUUAUAAUAACUGAAACUAUUAAUUUUAUUCUUUACAAAAUAUAAUGCUUUAAAACACAUAACUUUUCUAAAUAUCUGUUAAAUAAUAUAUUGUAAUAAUUUCAAACAACUUUCUUAACUAGGUUUUUUUAUAUUAUUUUUAAAUAAAUAGUUAGGUACUUCUAUACUUCUACUAAUAACUAUUUGUUGAUAUAUUUAUAUACCUAUGUGAAGGUAAUUACUUUUUUUUAGAUUGCUUAUCACUUAUUUACAAUAUUCUUUUCUACAGUGACGUAUCUGGGAGAAUGAGAAUGCCGUGGACCCCCACCAAAUUUAGAAAAUCUAUAGAUUUUAAAAUAAAAGGCAAUAUUUGAUACAUGUAAAUAGAAACUGAUUAUAUCCUCCUUGCCCAUAAAAAAAAUCCCAAAAUCCAUGUUUAUAACACUACCUACCUAGAUAUAUUAUUCAUAACUUCUUAUAUAAUUUAUAUGUCUUACCAGUUAUUCAACCAAUUAUUGUGUUUCCUUACUUGUUUUUUGCAUACCUAACACUGUUUAUUUUUAAACUUAUAAUUCAUUACUUUUUGGAUUGUUAUUAAAAUUGUGAGAAUUUGUUUACAACAGACACUUGCAAAUUGUUUAUAUCUUUUAAACAAACUUAGAAAAGGUUUAGUUGCAUUCAAUAUUUAUAUUUUUAUACUAAUGUAGUUAAAAACUAAUAUUCAGGAGGUAGGUAUGUAGAUACCUAUUUUUAAUUUAUUGUUGAUUAUCCCCUGAAUUAAUAUAUAUUAUUAUUGUAUAAUAUGUUGUUCAUUAUUUUAAGUACCUAGGUAAAUAUUUAAUUUACAUAAAUAAGUAGGUACCUACUUUGAUUUCUUGAUAGUUUUUUUUGUAUGAUCUAUGAUAAUAUUAAUAUUAGUUUUUAUUAAAGUGUUAGGUACUUACAUAAAAUAAAAAUAAAUUAAAUUGUAUAUUAUUAAUUGGUUGAAUUAUAACUUUCGGGCCUAGAAAAUAAAUGCCUAAAUAUCAAAAAAUGACACAUGAUAUUUUCAUCUGUAUCUUUUUUCGUAAGUACUUCAAAACCAUUAUAAUAUAUAAUUUGGUAUAUAGGAAAAGAAAUUAAAUUCCAUUAUACCUAUGGAUAUUUUAUAUCUGUUUAUAAUAUAAUUUACUGUAUACCAACUGUCUAGCUGUAGAUCCAUCAUGUAGAUCAACUUUGAUUUAAAUAAUGUACGCGUUUGGAAAAUAGUUACUGGAUAAAUGGGAAAAUGAAAUAUAUAACUGAAUUAUUAUAAAAGAUAUAUAAGUAAAAGAUUUAAGAGUAAUGUUUUUGUUAUUUUAACAUUAUUUUUUUUUCAGGUCUUAAAUCUAUUUAUCGAUAGAAAUGCUCUAAGACAUUUAUAGUAAAUACCCACCACUAAUUUUUAAAAUCUAUAUGACAAACCUAUCUACUACUACUUGAUGCAUAAAACUGUGUUUACCUUUUUUUAUUUUAUAUAUAUUUAAGAAUACUACAAUAACCUUCUUAAUAUAACACAUUUUCUAAAAUAACUUAUAAAUAAUUGCCUUUGAUCUUACCUCUGUUCUUACAUGUUCACAAAACAGCAAUGAGACUAGUUCAAUGUAUGUUUUAAAACUUUUAAUUUAAAUAAAAUGCAUUUAUUAAAUCUAAAAAUAUAUCUAUUGAUUGAUAUAAUUGUGCCAAUUUGAUUUUGAAAUUACUUGGACCUUCUCUCUAUAUUCAAUGUCAAUACAUUGGCUUAAAUUGUUAGUAAGUAGUAAUGGAUUUACAUCUCCCGUGUGAGGAUCUUUCAAUUAAUGAUGUGGUUCCUAUUUGGAAUCCUACUGCAGUAGCAAAUGCUGAACGUCAAAGACUUCAAGUUGAAGGUAUAAUUUUCUAAAUUUUCUUUAGGAAUUGAGUUGUGUAAAAUGUAUUGGUACUAAAUCUUAAACUAAAAUAUAUGGAUAGUGUGACUUUUUAAUUUUAUAUUUCUGUUUUAAUUAAAUUAUUUCAACAAUAUUUAAGUAAUUAGUAAAAUAAUAAUUAUUUCCAUAAGCACUUAAUUGUUACCCUGUUUUAAUUUAUCAUUAUAGAAACAGAUUUGUAUACAAACUAAAGGUAGCUCUAGGUAUAUUCUAUUCACAACUAGAACAUACCAGUUCGUGUCUGCACAACUGAGUAUUUAAAUGAUGCCAGAUUGACUGAACCUUCACCACUGAACUAGUAUUGGCUGAUUAUAUAUGCCAUAUAUGUGCAAAAUCAGAUGUGUUUUUGUCCACUAUUUGGUAUGUUCUAAUUCUGAAUAGAGUAUAACGGAGAAUAUAAUGUUUACAGAGGCAUAAUUUUUUACUUUUAGUAAGUAUGUUAAUAAAAUAAUAAUUCUAUUCAUAAUUUGAAUGAACCAAUUAAAACUAUAAAUGUUUAAAAAUAAGAAUGUUAAGUCAAGUUUUUUUUAUACCUAUUUUUAUAUUUUAAAUAUAAAAGUUCUGACCAAUAUUAUAUUAUUAAUUUUAAAUUUACUUAAGUUGAUACCUAUUUUAAAAAUAAUUUCUAAAAUUAAGUAAUUUAUAAAAGUUCAAUUAAACAUAAGUAAAAAAUUAAAAUUUUCUGAGCUGAAUUUUAUAAUUUUGAGUAGUAAAGUUGAAUAAUAAAAUUGAGCAAAACUUAUGUAGGUAUAGUAGGCAUUGUCUCAAUGUCUCAAAUGUAAAAUUUUGAAAAAACAACUUUGUAUACACCUGUCAAAUGAAAUAUAUAAACUCUCUCAUACUUAAGUUCCUAACUUAAUAAAUAAAUGUAUCAAAAAUAAUUAGUACCAUAUUUAUUUUAAAUAAAUCAACACAGGUAAUAACUUUAAAAAAAAAUCUUGUUUUUCAAGUCUUGUACUUAUUGAUUUAAUAUAAAUACUUAAUCUUAAAUAUUAUAAUAUAUUUUUGUCUUAAGUGAUCCAAUCAAAAUAUUCAAUAAAAUAAUUGUUUUUAUUAAGUACAUACCUAAUUAACAUAUAUAAUUUUGUUACGUUAGAUUUUAAUUGAAAAAUAAACACUAUUUAUAAGUUUUACCAAUAAUUCUAUUUUUAUCUUUAAUUUUAUUCAUGCCAUAUAUCUGAUUAUGUAAUUUCUUUAUUUCUAUUGAACUUGAUCCAACCAUUUUAUUGAAAUUUAAAUAUGCUCCUUCUGGAUUAGCAAUAGGUAAACUAUGUUAAUGAAAAAGCCUCAAUUAUAAAAAUUAAGUUUGGUUUCAUAAAUUAUUAUAAUGUAUACGGAUACACAAUAAAUACCUGUUACACAUUUAUAUAAACAUAGUUGAAUUUUAUAUAUACAUAUUACACAUUUACAUUGCAUCUAUAAAAAAAUAUCGGUCAUAAUGAUUUAUUUGAUCCAGCAAAUCUCCAUAGUAGUGUGUAUUAAUCAUGAAGAUUAAACCAAAUUACUUAAAAUGUAUUAAAUAAAAUUAUGAAUAUUUUAUUUAUUUAGUUACUGUAUUUAUCUGUAACAUAGUAAUAAACAAAGUGUUUUAACUGUCACACAUUAGAACACAAUUGUUGUUUACAUACCUAAAUAAAAUAUUUAAGAAAAAUAUUUCUAUUAAUUUAAUAUUUUCAAAUGAAUGACAAUGAUAAUAAUGGACAAUUUGUAGGAAACCAAAAUUAUAAUAUAGGUAGAGCUUAACUAUACACAUUGUCAUAUUAUAUUAUUUGAAUAUUAAAAAAAAAUGUUUAUUGUACUUAAACAUUUUUUUAUAAACAAAAUUAAUAACACAUAACUUAAAUGAAUGUACUUAUUUAUUUUAGAUAAAGAUGGUAGUAAUGUUACUACAGUGGUGGCAAAUCCUUGUCAGGGACCUGACCGACCAUUGGAGGUGUCCUAUACAGACACAAUGGUUAUUGGUAAUGGAAGUUUUGGGGUUGUAUACCGAGCCAAAUUAUGUGAUACUGGAGAAACAGUUGCUAUUAAAAAAGUUCUGCAAGAUAAAAGAUUUAAAGUGAGUACCUAAUGCUUUUAAAUAGAUGUAAUCAAAUUACUUAGACCUAAAUAUUUUAAUAAUGUAAGUAAUAAAAUUAUUGUGGUUUAUAUGUUUGUUUGUUUAGGUAAGUAAAAAUCAAAAUUAUUUCAAUCUUAGAUUUUUUUUAAAUGGUUCACAUUUAAUGUAAUCAUUGUGCAAUACUUGGUAUUAUUGGUAUAUUAUCAACACUUUAAACAAACCUAAUAAUAUUUAAUAGCAUAUAAACACUGUUAAAUUUACAUGAAAUAUUUUUUCACAUUUAUUAAUGUUCUACAUUAUUUCAGAAUCGUGAACUACAAAUAAUGAAACGUCUAGACCAUUGUAACAUAGUGAAAUUGAAAUUUUUCUUUUAUUCAAGUGGUGACAAAGUAAAUUCAUAUAAUUCAAUAAAUGUGUAAAUAUAUUUAUGUGUAUUUUUAAUUUGUUAUUAUUAUUUUUAAAUAUUAAUUCAGAAGGACGAGGUUUACCUAAAUUUAGUUUUGGAAUACAUACCAGAUACUGUGUAUAAAGUUGCUCGGCAUUACAGCAAACUAAGGCAAACUCUUCCGAUCAACUACAUAAAGGUUUAUUACUUUUUAAUUCUAUCUAACUAUCAAUAGAUUAUCACUUUAUUUAUAAUUUUAUUUUAUAGUUGUACAUGUACCAGUUAUUCCGAAGUUUGGCAUAUAUUCACUCAUUAGGCAUAUGCCAUCGUGAUAUUAAGCCUCAAAAUUUGUUAUUAAAUCCUGAAACAGGGGUUUUGAAAUUAUGUGAUUUUGGAAGUGCUAAAACUCUAAUCAAGGGUGAACCUAAUGUAUCUUAUAUAUGUUCAAGAUAUUAUCGAGCACCUGAACUGAUAUUCGGUGCUAUAGACUACACAACAAAAAUUGGUAAUUUUUUUCAUGUAUUUAAUUUUUUUUUUUAUGCAAUAGUGAUAUAAUUAUAUAAUUAGUUAAAUAAUUGUAUGUACAUAAUACAUAAUACAAAAAUUAAUAAAAUAUUGAUUUCAUAGGUUUAAUCAAAAUAAGUUAUUAUUUAUUAAGAUAACUAGUGAUACAAAAACUAAUUUAAUACUUGUGUAGAAUAAUAAUAAUUAAAUUAUGAUAAUUAUUUUUAAAUAAUUGUUUGUUUAUAGAAUUUCUUAGAGUUUUUUCAUUGAAAUUAAUAACACUUAAUAUUUAAAAUUCAUGUAGUAAUGUAUAUAAUUUAAGAUAAAUUUUUUUGGUUAUAGUUCUUAUAAUGUUCAAUUAAUCAUCUUAAAUUAUUUAAGAGGGUUUUGGUUGGUUCAUAGUGUUUAAAUGAUAUAAUUCUGAUACUAAUUUAAUAUUUGAAGUAAGUAUGAAUGCCUCAAUAAAAUUAUUAAAAAUUAAUGUUUACUUAUGACUUGAUCUAUGUAAAAAAUAUUUGUAUAACUAUUAACUCAAAAAGUACCUUAUAAAAAAAAAAAAAAAAAUGUAUAUUGAUACACUCAUUAUGAAAACUAUAUUAACAUUAGGAAAUUUAUUUUAUUUAGUCAAGAGAUAGUAAAAAUUAUUUUUAUACAUUCAUCAAUUCAAUUAUAGGGCAAACAAAUUGCAUGUAGAAUAUUAUAUCUUUACUAAACAAUUAAAAAUAUGUGUAUUUCUAAACAAUUUUUCUAUUAGAAUCUUGUUCCUAAUAUCAAUUUCAGGAGUGGUUUUUAGUAUCAAAUUUUGUCUAGUUGGUGCUUCUAAGUCAUUAUCUAAUUUUACUUGUAGUUUUCUUUAUAAUUAUAUAAUUAAAAAAAUAUGUAAAAUAAUAUUGCUUUUGUAUUUUGAUUUUGUCUUUUAUUUUAUUCAGUUAAAAAUAAUUAUAGACUUGCAUAUUACAUUUUCACCAAAUAUACUAAUAAUAAGUUAAUGAAAAAUAAUAUAAAUAAUAAAGUUAAUGUAAUAUAAAUUAUAUUAACUUUUUAGGUGUACAAUUUUCAAAUUAUUUUGCUCAUUUUUGAUAUAUUUAUAGCCUUUUAAAACUGUUUACAAGGUCCAAUUUAAGUUCUACUUAAUAGUAUAAAAAUAUCGAUUGAGGUGUAAUCUAUUCAAUUUUUUUAGUCAAAAUUAUGAUAACAAUCUUAGAAAAAUAAGAUUAACUGGACAUCGUUCAGAAUCGUUUUUGGUUUAUUAUGUUUACUAAGCUUAACAAUUUAUAUAUUCUAUAAGGAUCUUAUGAAACCAACUAAGUGUGUGUCUCAUUAACUUAAUAGUAUUUAUGUAUAUUGUAUUUUAAUAUAUUUUGUUUAAAAUAAUUAUUUUUGUUUGGAAGUGUUUAUUAAGUGCUACUUUUUUGAUUUUUUUUUUUUUUCAAUAUUUUUUAGAAAAGUUAGAAAAUUAGAGCAGAGAUUUAUAAAUAUUGUUAUUAAUUUUAGAAGAUAAAUAUGAAUUAUUCAUAUGUAUGAAAAAUGCCACAUAAAUAUCUUUAUUGCAUUUUUAAGACCUUUUGAUAUCUCAUAUGAUAGGGUACAUAAUAUUCAAAAUGUUCAUGUAUAAAGCUACAAUUAAAUUAUUUUUUUAACUUUUGGACUAACAGUUAUAUGACAGUUAACGUGACAUUUUUUUGUAUAACUUAAUCAAAAUCUAUACGAAUAUUGCACAAUGUUUGGCCUGUAAUAUACAACCAGACAUUCAGAAUUACAUGACAGAAUUAUAAAGGUUCUAUUUUUGUCAUUUUGGCUUCAAAUUAAAUAUAAAAUAUUUUGAAUAAUUUGGAAUUAUUAUUAUUGGAACAAAGAAUAUAAGAGAUUAUUGUAUCCUAAGUACAAUUAGUUAUUAUUUCGCCAAAUGAAAAAAAAAAAAAGUUAUUAUUUGUAUGGAAAAUGAUAUACUUAUAAUUUGUAAUACAUGGGAAUAAAUAUUAAAUUUAUAAAAACUUCAUUUUGUCCAUAAAUAACAGUAAAAUGAAGAAAUUGUUAAAUUUCUAUAUAUAAUUGAACCAUAUUUUAUAUUUUGAGCUACUAGAGUAAUAUAAUAAAAAUAAUUUUAUUAAUUUUCAGUUAAAAUAUUAAAUAUUGAUUUUUCAGAUGUGUGGAGUGCUGGUUGCGUAUUAGCAGAACUAAUGUUAGGUCAGCCCAUCUUUCCAGGUGACUCAGGUGUUGAUCAAUUAGUGGAAAUAAUAAAAGUUCUAGGCACCCCAACAAGAGAGCAGAUUAGAGAAAUGAAUCCCAACUAUACAGAAUUUAAAUUCCCACAGAUCAAAUCCCACCCUUGGUCAAAGGUAAGUGUUUAGCUUUUACUAAUGUUUACUUGAAUAAUUAAACUAACAUAUUAUUAUGAAAAAUUUUGUUAAAUGAUACUCUUGAGUUUGCUCAUCUCUUUGUCUUUAAUUUAUACCUCUAUCAACUUUAUUUAAAAAAAGAAAUUUUUUUUAUAAAUUGAAUUAAUAAAACGAUUUAAGAAGAAAUAAUUUAGAAAUAAACAUUAUUUUAUUUAAGGUGUUAUUACUAUCUAGUACUAAUUUAUGUAUAUGUCCAAUAUAACAAGUUGACAAAAUAAAUUAAUUUAAAAUUAUAACUUAGCUAGUUUAUUGAUUUUAAUUUUUUUAAUCCAGGUUGUUGAGGAAUAAAAAUUUAAAAGAUGUUUGAGCAAGUUCAUUAUAUAGGGUUUUCCAAUUUCUUAACCUUUGUAAGCAUUAUCUAAUUUAAUUAACGAAACCUAUAUUUUUCUACAUAAAAUAUAUAAAACUAACUUUCACAUUUUUAAUGUUUCUGUUUUUUUUAUUUUUAUUAUUAUUUUUCUUCUUCUGUUAUUAUUUUAUAAAGACAUGUUAGAGAAAAUGUUUUCGUUCAUUUUUAAUGAACUCUAUUAUUCCUUGCAGUUAAUGCUUCAACGCAUGUCAUUCCCAAAAAACAACAAUGUCCAUCAAAAAAUUAGAGUAAGUCUUAAAAUGACUUUAUUGAAGCUGUUUGAAUAUCUAACCAGUUUUUAUCUUGUUCAAUUAUGAUGUAACCUCUUGACACUCUUUAUAAUGAAAGAGUUUUAACAAUUUGCCCACAGAUGUUAUACAAUUUAAUUAUUUUACAAAGAUAAUUUCAGUUUUUGCAUAAUAAGUAUUUAUUUGGUAUGUUCUUUUGAUAAAUUAAAAAUAUAUACAAAUAUAUUUGAUCGUAAAUGUGAUAUUUGACUUGUAAGUUAUUGCUACAUUUGAAAGUUAAUGUAGAACUUAAAAUAAAUUAGAGCUCUAACGUGUCUUUUGAACUGUUAUAUUUAUUUUGUUUUACAUAAUAAUUUAACUCCAAUGAAGUGUGUGUUUGAAGCGAAUAUUCUAUGUGUUAACAUAAAGGCGUCAUUUGUAAAGGUUUUCCGUAUGCGGACACCAGCAGAAGCUGUUGAACUGGUGUCAGUAUUACUUGAAUACACUCCAUCACUUAGGGUGUCUCCACUGCAAGCUUGUGCUCAUGCUUUCUUUGAUGAACUAAGAGAUCCACUUCAUAGAUUACCGAAUGGGCGAGCAUUACCACCACUUUUCAAUUUUACACAAUUGGGUAAGAACAUAAUUUAAAAUCAUUAUGAGUUUUUUGUAUAGUAGAUAUAUAUUAAUAGACAAAUUUUACACUUGAUUAUAAAAUGUUGUGGUUGAUUAUAAUGUAUUAUUAUUUAGAAUUGAGUGCAGCUGGAUCUUUAAAAUCUGCUUUGAUACCUAAACAUGUAAAAGAUUCUGUAGGAAGUGGCAAUGAAGCAUCUGCUGCUAGUGGUGGGUCGUCUACUCCGGAAUAUGUCUUUCCAGACAGUCCAAAUCAUCCUUCAUCAUCGACUACUUCUAGGCAACCAUCAAAUGAAAUAGUUUAA